CCCUCGGCUUGCCCUACCGCCCCCGUCCCACGCACAUCCCGGCCGGGGGAUGUAGGAGGACGCGCAGCCGAAGGUACCCGGGCAGCGCCGCCGCCACAUCUCCCGGCGCGGCCGCCUAUCGCCUGCAAGGGCGGGCGCAGCCGCCGCCGCCGUGUGGCUGCACGCGUUCCUCGGGGAGACCGGGAAGGGGCACGGCUGCUCCCCGCCUGCCCCCCCGCGCCGCCGGUCUCGCCCGGCUCUCCGUGCCUUUAGAGUGUGCCUGCCCGUCCCGCGGGGCCAUGGAGCGCGCGUUCACGCCGCUGGAAUGCCUCCUGCCCGCCGGGAACCUGAAGUUUUGCCUUCUGAUUCUGAACCAGCCUUUCAACAAAGGUCAUUUUCACUGUCUGUGGAGCAGAGCUGCCCUGAGAGCUUGUGCUGAUGGAGGUGCCAAUCGUCUCUACCACAUCACAGAGGGGAGCCAGGAAAGCUUCUUGCCUGAUUACAUCAGUGGUGAUUUUGAUUCCAUUCUGCCUGAAGUCAAGGAGUACUACAAGGUCAAGGGAUGUGAGUUAAUUGAGACCAUGGAUCAGGACCUCACAGAUUUCACCAAGUGCCUUCAAAUACUCCAGAAAAAGAUAGAGAAGAAGGGCCUCCAGGUCGAUGUGAUUGUGACUUUGGGUGGACUUGGAGGACGCUUUGACCAAGCAAUGGCAUCGGUGGAAACGCUUUUUCAUGCAACAAAUAUCACUCCUUCUCCAGUGAUAGUUAUCCAGGAGUGCUCGCUGAUUUACCUGCUUCAACCGGGCAAGCACAAGCUGCAUGUGAAUACAGGACUGGAGGGCUCCUGGUGUGGCCUCAUCCCCAUCGGGAACCCCUGCGAGAGUGUGACCACGACAGGCCUCAGGUGGAACCUCACUAACCAGGUGCUGAAGUUUGGAACACUCGUCAGUACUUCCAACACGUAUGACAACUCUGGGAUUGUGACCAUCGAGACAGACAAACCUUUGCUAUGGACAAUGGCUAUCAAGAGAUAAGAUCAGCUACAGCUGCCUUUUCUGAUCUGACACGUCUCAAAUUACUAAAAAAUUUCACUGAAUUAAGACAGUAAAGCUGUUGCAAGAUACAAGAAGGCACUGAUUUUCUGUAUUGAAUGAAAAACAAGUCUGAAAUAAAAGUCAUUUGAGACAGAAUCAAAA